UGUAGCAUGUUAUGUGCAAAUGGAUUCCUGAUGGUCAAUAAAUCUUACAGUUCCUGAAAAGUAUUGCAACCAAGAGGAUGUAUAGGGGGUAUCCAAGCUAAAUGUAUGGUGCUAUACACUACAAUUCUUGAAAGGGACGCCCCUUUUUUGCAUACCUCCAUACGCUCCCAUGAACGGACACGACACACUCACUGAUACGCCGAUUCCACUGCAACAAUAUCGGGAGCAUCCACGAACAUACAAGUGAGCUCCUCUUUCCUCCGCGCAGCAAACGACCAACUCAGGAGACAAGCAGACAUGACGGCGAAACACAGAAAUAAGAACAAUUCGACCUCCAACAACGAGAAAAAUGCUCCACCACCACCUCCACCACAGGAUGACGUGGCGAAGAAAAGUCAGAAAGCCAUCAAAGUAGAGCCCCUUCCAGCCCCUCACCCUAAAUCAAGUUCGGGGUCGGGAACUUGUAUGAAACUUUUGGCUGCGCUUUGUUACAUCGCACUAGUAGCCGGUGCUGGUUUUGCUUCUUUCUACCUCCAACAAGUUUUAGAAGAAGUCAGCCAGAUAAGCAACAGACACGAAGAGUCCUUACAGAAAAACGCAGAACUAGCGCAGAAAGUGGACACUGUUCUUCAACAGGUGGACUCUCUGAAGAGUUCUUUGGCGUCCCUGGAUGGUUCCGUGAGCGCCGGCCAGAGCUCGCUGCAGCUCCUGGGCUCGGCGGUGCAGAAGGGCGAGCAGGAGACGCAGCGCGUGGAAGAUGACCUCCAGAAGCUCCAGAAGGAGAUCCUGCUGGACCUGUCGGAGGGCAUCCGCGAGGUGAAGGAGGCGCGCGAGCGUGACUUCUCCUCGCUGGAGCGCACCGUGGAGGAGCGUCUGGCCGAGUUGAGUCGCUCCAUCGCCGACAGCGUGGCCGAGUUCACCGGCGCUCAGGGCGAGGCGCGUGCCCAGCUCCAGGAGCUGCGCGCCCGCGUGGAGGACCGCGAGGACCCCACGCUCGUCAAGCAGGAGUUGGCCGCCAUGGCCACCGCCAUUGCUGACCAGCACACCGCCAACCAGGUUGCCGAGGGCAACACCGGCGUGCUCCGCGAGCAGAUCGGCUCCGUCCGGGAGGAGCUGCAGGGCCGGAACCAGGAGAUGGCGUCGCUGUCGGAGGAGAUCGCGUCGGUGCGCUCGCUGGUGCAGAGCACAGCCGGCGCCCUCCGGGAGGAGGUGACCGCCACCGAGGCCAGCGUCCAGACGAUGGCCGACCAGGCCCAGAGCCUGCAGGACGGGCAGGAGCAGGCCAGUGAGGCCCUCCAGAGCCUGGAGACAGAACUGCGGGAGGAAAUUGCCAAGGGACAGAAGCAAGGCGACAACCUGGAGGCCCGACUGGAGAGUGUGGAGGGGAGCACAGAGUCACUGGCAACCACCAGCGGGGAGCAAGAUGGCCGCCUGGAGGCUCUACUGUCCAAGUACGACUCCCACGAAAGCACGCUAGCCGCCCAGGGCAAGGCUGUGGAGAAGGCCCAGGAAGCCCUGAAGGAGGAUCUGGAGGGGCUGAAGACCAGCCUGGGGGAGCUCCAGAGCAGCAUGGCCUCUGUGAAGAGUGCCCAGGGAGACCUCUCCUCCUUGGGCCCGCAGCUGGAGGCCGUGGAGCAAAGGGUGGACGCUCUCGGGGAUGCUGGGACCAUCAGCAAGGCUGUGGGAGACCUGAAGGAGCUCAGAGGAGCCGUGGGCGACCUGCGGGCCAAGACUGAGGCCAUUGCUGAGCUGAAGAGCGAACUGAAGGUCAUCAGAGGAGCCGUGGGCGACCUGCAGGCCAAGACUAAGGCCAUUGCUGAGCUGAAGAGCGAACUGAAGGAGAUCAAGGCUGCAACAGCAAGCAAGGUGGUGAAAAAACCCAAAGCCUAACAAGUGGACAGAAGUGGAAAUGUAGCAUGAUAUGCUACGGGCAAGGGUGCGGAAAUAGAUAUCUUUGGGGAGGCUAUGGAGUAGAAGAUGCUGUGUCAGUGUGUGUGCGUGAGUGUGUGUGUGUGUGUGUGUGUGUGUGUGUGUGUGUGUGUGUGGAGGAGGAGAGGUAUUAAGCAUCUAGAAACAUGAAUCAAUUUAAAUGAAUGGAAAGAUAAAGUCUUUGUGGACUGCUGUUCUGUGAAUCUAAAACACUUCAACCUGCACUGUAUUUUUUUUCUCUUGUUUUUAUGAAGGGCCUUAACACGAAGGCUCUAUGCAACUCUUUGAAAUCUGAUUGUAGUGGUUGUUUUUUUAUUUUUCAAUAAAAGUUUGGAAACUACUGUUCUAAA